CAAACUAUACCUUGCCCGGGCGGAGCACGAGGGAUCCAUCACGCCAGGAUAUUUCGAUGCAUCGAAAAGCAAGUUUUUUAUUGUGUGGGGUGGAAAAGGACACAUGAUAAAUCGCGGAUAUAUUUUAUGCACCAGCGGCGAAUUCGUGCCGUAUAGUGAUUCGAACACGUUGCUGCGUGCAACGCCGGCCGGUUUGUCGGAGCAGGGUGAGCCAUUGCACUUUGGCCGAGUGAAACACUACGGAAAGUUUUACUAUGGAAAGGUACAACGAUCGCAUGAUAGGGUGUGCUAUGUCUCUAUUAGUGGUAAAGAACGCGCCUUUACUAAAUAUGAUAUAUUCAUCAGAUCUGCGGUGAACCCGGAAGUUACAAACCCGGCAACCAUAUUCGACCCACUAUCAACAGCGGCGUGGGUAGAAUAUUUUGUAGACAAUGAACCCCCAAAUAUCGUAAUUGCCUAUAGCAGCUACGCUGAAACGCUAUUAAUUGGCCGUGCUAAACAUAGAGGGGGCGUUAUUCCGGGCGUAGUUAAUUCAACAAAAAAAAUUUGCACUAUUGUUUGGGGCGGAAGAGUUUUGCUUAAAAGAAAGUUCGAAGUACUGACAAAUGUAAAAGGCAUGUUUGUGCCGAUUGAAAACAAUGAAAUACCAGCUAAUGCCGUCCCUACAGGGCGAUCUGAAACCGGAGAAACAUUGUACACAGGGCGAGUGGUAGUGCGUGGAUGGCCACUGGUGGGCAAAGUACGUUCCUCUGACAGAUUGUGUUAUGUUCCCUACGGUAGUGAGGAAAGGAGUUUUUCAAGUUAUAAGAUCUUUGUUAGUCACAGUUUGACCGAAUUCCAGUAUGGUUAGCAGUGCACGGAUUUGUUGAAAUAGGUUAGCAAGAUGUAGUAGAAGUAGUAGCCGGUACUUAACUCAAUAGAGGUCUAUGUCUCCAGGUUAGUUUGCAAAGGCACAGGAACCUGGAUUCAAAAGACGUACUAAAGUAAAUCCUCGCCGAAGAAUUUUCAUCAUUUGUCAUUUGUUUCGUCCGUUA